AUGGCCGCAAAACACACAGAACAACUACGUCGACUGACCAAAGCUGUUCAAGAGGCCAGACAAGCACAAGAUGACGAAGCCGUCAAACGAGCAGUUUGCGAAUACGAUGCCGCUCUGGAACGAUACAUUCCAGUGCUGAUGCAGCAAGCAAAAAUUUAUUGGGAUAUGGAAAACUAUCAGCAGGUAGAAAAAAUAUUUCGGAAAUCCGUGGAGUUCUGUAAUGACCAUAGAAUCUGGAAGCUAAAUGUGGCACACGUCCUGUUCAUGCAAGAAAACAAGUACAAAGAAGCCAGUGGAUUCUACGAACCAAUUGUUAAGAAACAUUUCGAUAAUAUUUUGAACGUUAGCGCGGUGAUAUUGGCCAACCUGUGUGUGACCUAUAUUAUGACUAGCCAAAAUGAGGAUGCUGAAGAGCUGAUGCGUAAAAUCGAGAAAGAGGAGGAGGCCAUCACCUACGACGACCCGGAUAGGAAAGUGUUUCAUCUUUGUAUUGUGAACUUGGUCAUUGGAACGUUGUACUGUGCCAAAGGUAAUUACGAUUUCGGGAUCAGUCGUGUGAUCAAAAGCCUGGAACCAUACCAGAAGAAAUUGGGUCCGGAUACGUGGUAA